ACCCACCCACCUUCAUUCUUCCAUGCACAAACCUACACCGGCGCAUGAGAAGGCCUCCUGCUAUACGCACACACUCGCUCACGAAUCUCGGCGAUGAACGGAGCGCCGCCCCCGCCCGCGAACGCCGCGGCCGCCGCACCUGGGGCAGCUCCCGGCGUCAAGAAACGCAGGCCGCGUCCGGCAACGAGCGUGCUGCGGCAACCUCAGCGGCCGCUUAAGAAGGUCGCGCGCACCGUCACUUCGCUCACCCAGCUGAACACGCGUGAUGCCCCCAACCAGCCCGUCAGCAUCGACCAGCUCCGCCGCGAGUUCAUCGAGGCGGGUGCCGCAUCGUACCCGCUCGUCGUGACGCGCAAAGAAUUGAAGGAGAUGCGCCAUCACGUCAUGAGGAUGCAUGCCAAAACCCACGUCAACAUUCAGGACGAGAAACAGUUCACUCCGCCCGUUCGCCUCCACCGCCGCGACCCACGUGCACCCCCAGGCGGCAAGGAACCCGAGGAAGAGAAAGAGGAAGACUUGGAAGAGGCCAAAGAGCGCGAGCGCCAGGAAGAGGAGCGGGAGGCGCGUCGUCUGAAGCGCGAGAACAUCCAGGCCCAGAUCGCGCCGACAGGCGCGACCAAGAACAAGCCCUUUGGCAAGAAGACGGAGCAAAAGUACCGUCCAGACGAUACGCCUGAAGCGAAGAAGCGCCAGCGACUGCGAUACGAGGAGACUCUGCCUUGGCACCUAGAGGAUGACGACAACUCGCAGACUUGGUCCGGACACUAUGAGGCGCAGUUGUCUGAUAGACAUGUCAUGUUGACCCUCGAGACUUUGCCGGGGCAGAACCCCCACAUUCAACUUGCGCCCUUGGAGCGCUGGUACAAGUUUGACCCCAAGACCAAGGCCAAGUCGACUGAGGAUUCCGAGUUGGUGAAAGCAAAGAAGGACUCAUACUUUGAAGCUCGCGAGGCGAAGAAGAUGAAGGAGGAGAUGGAGCAUGAAAAGGCAUCACGUGCACGCCAACUGCGUACGCGGGUAGGCGGUGGGGCCGAUGACGAAGGCAGGAUCAAGCAACUCGAUGACGAAGACAUGCCUAGAUUCAAGCGUGAGGCAGACGCCGACGACAUUGACUUCAAUGUCGAAGAGGAUUUUGCCGAUGACGAGGAAGGUCUGAAUGGUCUUUUCGAUGGCGACGAGGAAAACAUCAAAGAAGCGCAAGAGAAGCUCAAGCGCGAUCAGCUUCAGGCUGCUGCCUUUGACUUGCGCGAUGAACGCCAGAUUUGGGCUGAAGAAGAACGUGAGAAGAAAGAGGCAGAGGAAAAAGCCCUCGAGCAGGAGAUACGAAAGUCUCUAGUCAAGCGUGAGAAGAACUACGACUACGCAGGCAGCGACUCCGAAUACAGCGAAACAGACUCAGAGACCGAGCGGCAACGAGCCAAGGAGGAAGAGGAGAAGAAGAAGGCUGCUGAACAGAAUGGCAAGGCUCCCGAGGGCGACAAGACUGCUUCAGGUGCCUCUACACAGGGCGGUUCGACUCCUGCGCCUCGUUCCAUCGACGUCAACAAGAAGAAGCGACCGGCACCCGGCUCAGCGAACCUCUCAGAAGCCAGCGGCAACGAAUCUGCGCGUAAGAAGCACAAGAAGAAGCACGAGAAGAACGCAGACGGUACGCGCAAGCUUGGACACUUGCGUACAGGAGCUGCGUCUGGCAGCGACAGCGAGAUGACAGAUGCUGGCAAGCCGAAGAAGCACAAGCUCAAGGUCCGCCUCGGCGGCACCCCUGGUGCUAGUCCCUCGGCCAGCCGUGCGGGAAGCCCAUCCGCGCAGGUCAAUGGGAGUCGCGCGGGUAGUCCUGCUGCUCCCGGUGGCGUGCCAGCUACUCCUCAGAGCCGUCUUCCGUCCGCGAGCGAGAUCUACACUGCCCUACCACCCGAUGGCAUGCCGAUCCAGACACUCAUCAACAAGUUUAGGGAACGCGUGGACAAGAGCAACAUGAACGUGUUUAUCAAACUCGUCAGGGCCGUCGCCUCGUAUGACAAGGCUCGUGGCUGGUUGAGCCCGCUUCCGGAGCUGCCGUCGGACGAGCAGAUUGCUGCUGCUACGAAGCCCAAGCCUGCUGCAAAGGCGGCUAGCCCGCCAGCCUAGGGUGCUCUAAGCAGGCAAUUGGGCAUCACUGUACAGCAAUAUGUGUGGCGAAUGAUUUUUCAUGCAUGGGACACGGCGUAAUUCGAAUAUGGGGUUAUCUUUGGCGAGGCGUUCACAUAGAGUUGUUCUGCUUGGCUGAGGCUUUGUAGACAACGCUCGGCUUGGGCCGUAUUUUGUGUUUCAGUGAAAUGAUCCUUACUGUAUAUGAUUUGAUAAAGAAUUUACAAAUUGCAGCCCCGUGUCUAUCUGACCU